CAUCUCUCUUCUGCUUCUGCCUUGCCAAGCACAACCGCUCAUGUACCUUGGAAUUCAGUCGCGUCUCCGUCCCUUCGUAACUUCAGCUAUCGACCACCUCCAUCUCCACCUAAUCAUGCCCCACGACCAACAUAGUAAUAAAACAUGAAGUUCAUCAAACCCGCCUGGUUGACGCAUAGCGGUAUGUUGCAUCAUUUUGGACAAUUAAUACUGUCACGGCAACCUCCUCCAAAAACCCGAAACACCGGAUAGCAGUUGCUGAUAUUCGCGCUUCUUUGCGCCCCGACUACAGGAGAACAAAAAGACUUUGAGGUCUACAGUUGCAAUGUUUCCCCCGACGGGACCCGACUUGCGACGGCUGCAGGAGGUAGGAGAACUUCAAUCGAUGAGAGAAGUGGAUUGUUGGGACAGUACUGAUGCUGAUGAAAUACCCAGAUGGGCAUGUUCGGAUUUGGUCGACGGAAGCCAUCCUCCAAGCAGGAGAUCCGACCUGCACGAAGCCAAAACAAUUAUGCCAUAUGAGCUACCACUCCGGGACCAUACAUACUGUUAGAUUCUCUCCGAACGGGCGAUGGCUUGCAUCCGGCGCCGACGACAAAAUCAUCUGUAUAUACCACCUAGAUGUUAAUCCUCCAGCCCAUUCGUCAUCCUUUGGUGCGCAAACCUUCCAGGAACCUCCCUUCACUGACCCUACACUGACAAAUAAUAAUAGGAACGAACGAACCGCCCCCGGUGGAGAAUUGGAAAAUCACAAGGCGUUUAAUUGGACACGAAAAUGAUGUACAAGAUCUGGGCUGGUCGUAUGAUUCUUCCAUUCUGGUAUCCGUUGGCUUGGAUUCGAAGAUUGUAGUUUGGUCGGGCCAUACUUUCGAGAAAUUAAAGACCCUAUCUGUGCAUCAAAGUCACGUUAAAGGGAUUACCUUUGACCCCGCCAAUAAAUAUUUUGCGACGGCUAGCGAUGACCGAACUAUCAAGCUCUUUCGGUUCACUUCACCCUUACCAAAUGCUACAGCCUACGAUUCAAUCAACAAUUUCGUUCUCGAUCACACUAUCGAAGCGCCCUUUGAUUCCUCUCCAUUGACAACUUAUUUCCGAAGAUGUUCUUGGUCGCCGGAUGGAAUUCACAUUGCAGCAGCAAAUGCGGUCAAUGGACGUGUAAGCUCGGUUGCGAUCAUAAAUCGAGGAGCAGCAUGGGAUAGUGAUAUCAAUCUCAUCGGACACGAAGGGCCAACCGAGGUCUGCACCUUUUCCCCUCGUUUGUUCAGCAGUCAUGAGAUUAGUGCAGAGACCACCGAUAAUAGUGGAUACAGUACUCAGGCUCUUGUCACAGUUAUCGCAUGUGCUGGACAAGACAAGACACUUAGUAUCUGGAACACGAGUUCUUCGAGGCCAUUAGUUGUAUGUCACGAUUUAGCAGCAAAGUCGAUUUCGGAUCUUGCUUGGACUCCUGAUGGGCUCACUAUAUUUGCGUCAAGUUUGGAUGGCAGUAUUGUUGCUUGUGAAUUUGAAAGAGGUGAACUUGGUUUUAUUGCCCCCUGGACAGAGAAUGAAAAAGCGCUGCAAAAGUUUGGUGUCAAUAGAAGGGGCGUUGGAGUUGUCGAGGACGUGGCUGCUCUACGCCUUGAAGAGAGAAGUAAAGCAGGUGAAUUGCGGGGGGCUGAGGGAAGAAUGGGUGCCCUCAUGGGAGAUACAGCCCCUUUACCAACUCCGUUUUUGAACGGUACUGCUAGUAGUAAUGGGACAGCAACAAUGAGUGGUCUAGUUGUACCCCCAGUUGUUCCGUCAAAUGGCCUUCCAUCUUCCGCUCCAGUCAUUACAAAUGGCCGAGCCGCUGUAGAGCCUCCAGCUCCAGCUCCUACUCCUGCACCACCAGCUGCAGACCCCAAUGCAGAGAAGAUUGAAUCUAUGAAACAGCGCGUAACAAUCACAAAAGAAGGGAAGAAGAGAGUUGCUCCAUUAUUGGUUUCCUCUUCCGGUACGGGGCUCUCCUCUUUACCUCAAUCUCAACUUGUGGCUGCGAGCUCUUCCAGUAACGCUCAAAGCGAUGCGCCGAAAUUAAUUCUAGAUUUGUCAAAGCCAUACGAAGGUCUUCCAAGGGGUGGUUUGGCUGCGAUGCUACUGGGCAAUAAACGAAAAGCAAUCGCUCUCGAGGACGAUGACUCGGAGGAACAAGGAAGCAAACGUCCCAACGUUGGGACUGCCAACUUUCCAAUCCCCAUUAUGACUAACGGUGUCAAUGGAUUAGAGCCUGCUGCACCUAUGGCACCGCAAAACGGCGUCGUUCCGACGCCUGAAUUCAUCCGACCUGCAGUUAUCAACCCUAUCAUGGCUGUUAGUCAGGUGCGACUAGCCGUGCCCAAAGUUAGGGUACAUAUUCUAAGAUCACUUGAACGUGGUGCUUUGCCAGUUUCCACUGGAAACAAUGCUUCCAAUGGGAUAGAAGAGUCCACCAAAGCAGCAGACGAUAUAGUUUUCGAAGCUCAGAAUCCUGGUGGAAACCCCGCGCAGGUUAAAGAUCCAACGAAAAUCAGUGCGUCUAAGCGAGGUGCUGUUCUCUGGCAAGAUUUCUUGCCAAGAGCGGUUGUUCUAGUCGCUGGUAACAAGAACUUUUGGGCUGCUGCUUGCGAGGAUGGAAGUAUAUACACCUGGACCCCUGCUGGCCGAAGGAUCUUCAACGCACUAAUACUCGAAUCGCAACCCGUCAUUCUCGAAUCAAGGGGGUGGUGGCUACUCUGUAUCACAGCAACCGGGCUAUGUUAUGUCUGGAACCUCAAGACGCUCGCAUCACCUCAUCCUCCUGUCUCUCUAGCACCUAUAUUGGAUAUUGCGAUGCAUUCUCUCGGUACACAUACAACUAGUGCCCCAGGAGUCACGUCUGCUCAUCUCAAUUCUACUGGUCAUAUUAUCGUUACACUCAGUAAUGGUGAUGGUUUCCUUUACUCGCCAGCAAUGUUUGUUUGGCAACGAUUAUCGGAGGCUUGGUGGGCGGUGGGCAGUCAGUACUGGAAUUCGAACGAUUCUUCCAUCGGCAGUCUGCAAUCAACUGGUGUUGGUCCAGACUCUCGACGUGACGGCGAAAUUUCUUCCUCAAACAUCUCAGCUGGUAUCAUUCCUCAUCUCGAAAGACAUACCACUAAUGAGGUUCUCCUCAAAGGUCGCGCGUAUCACCUACAACGUCUCGUCAAAUCUUUGUUGUCAAAAGAAGGAUAUGAGAACUUUGAAUCAGGUGUCAGCAUUGCUCAUCUUGAGAACCGUGUCGCAGCGGCUAUGCAACUUGGUGCCAGAGAAGAGUUUAGAAUCUACCUCUUCAUGUACGCCAAGCGCCUGGGUGCUCAGGGAUUGAAGACCAAGGUUGAGGAGUUGCUCAAAAGCAUUCUUGGUGGCAUAUUGCAGGAUAAGACGGAUGAUUCGUCAAUCAAGGAGGGGGGCGAGGGAUGGCACAGUGAGGAUGACAAGCUUUGUGGGUGGGGCCGAAAGGAGUUGUUGAAGGAGGUCGUAUUGAUUCUCGGUAAAUUUGCUCGUAUCACAAAAUUUAACCACCACCCUACUCACAUUGUACGCAGGUAAAUUUCGAGAAUUGCAAAGGCUCACGGUACAAUAUUCGAGAGUCUUGGGGAUGGAUGAUGAGAAAAUGUCUUGAGAGAUGCGUUUGAGGUACAUAUUUGCGAUGGAAGGCGUUUUAAGGCUUUGGCAUCUUUGAGGAGUCUCUAAUUUUGCACGUCUAAGGGAGUAAAAUUUGUCCUUUUCUGAGGCUACAUAUUGUAGGAAUAUCCGGGGCGUAUGGGUUUCUUUGCUUGCUGACAAAAAUCGGAGCUGCUGCUAUUUUUCCCUUGUGUGAGGAUGAUCCAGGACAUCACUAAGAUAACACGUUGGGGGUUCUAGGUAGCGGGGCUAUAUCAUAGUUGUAAGCAAUAGAGUCUUUUAAGUCUGAGUAAGUGCCGUCGAGGGUAUGUGUCCAUUUGUGUGGGGGUAGCUCUUUCCCAAUUUCAAAUCUUCUUCCUCUACCGAUAAACCCCGCCCCUUUUCUCCCUACCCACGAUCUUAAGCCUGCCUCCCAAGCUGCAACUCAACAACCAUCCCUAUUGCGCACGUCGGAUCCCUAUCAACCUAUCCUAUCUCGCCAAACAGAAGAAGAGAUGUCUUCCCGUAUCUUCCGCUCCAUCAACGACGGCUCACCACCGAGAACACCGAUCCGCCAGACUUCUUUUACGAGUAGCAGAUGGUCCCCCAUUUCUAUGGGGAGUGAUGAGAGCAAGGAGGAGGAGUUUAGUUAUGAGGCUGGGUUUUGGACGCCGCCGAAAGCUAGACUUGGGUCUCUUUUAUGGCGGGUGGUGCCACGGAUGAGGGGGGUGAAAUGGGCUGGGAGUCGGGGGUUGAACGGGGGUUUGAGAGGAUUGUGAGUUUAGCUGAGUUUAACUGGGCUUGGUUAGGAGCGGGAAGGAUAUGGGCUGUGGGAUGGGCUAAUAUGAAUGUGUAAUGACAGAUUGCCGAGUCGACGAACGGGAGUACUGGUUUUUAUGGGGGUUCUUGUUGUUUUUAUGUUUUCGCUGACAGGGAGAGGGGGUGAGAGUCUGAGUGUGAAGGGGGUUGUGGAAGAUGGGAGGAAUGGUAUGCAUGGUCCCACAACUUUGCGUCCUGUUCUUGCCACCAUAGAGGAGGGAGACCCGGAUCCAAUGAGAUGGCUGAGAGAGAAUUCGGGGGAUAAACAUGCGAUUGGUAAUGCAGGUGCGGGAGGGAGUUGGAAGGGUAUGGUUUUGGGUGAUAAGAGCCAAAGGAAUAGACCGAGGGCAGCGCUUAUUACCUUGGUAAGGAAUUCGGAGCUGGAGGGAAUUGUGCAGAGUAUGGAGCAAUUGGAGUAUAGGUGGAAUCGGAAGUAUCAGGUUGGUCUUUCCAUACUCUCCCCUCUUUUGGUGAAAGCAGUGAUGGAGAUAGUCGUCAGAAGGAAGAGCAGUCCACUGAUAAUUGUCAGUAUCCAUGGAUAUUCUUCAACGAUGAACCUUUUACAGACGAGUUCAAAAACACCACGAAGAAUCUUACUUCUGCGAAAUGCUUCUACGAAGUUGUGCCUAAGGAACAUUGGUCCUUGCCAGAUUGGAUUGAUGAGAACCGAUUCAUGAACAGUCUCGAGUAUCUAGGAAGUAUUGGAGUUGGCAAAGGGUGGUUGGUGAGUUAUCACCAUAUGUGCCGUUGGAAUAGUGGGUUCUUUUAUAAACAUCCCAUUUUGAAGGAUUACGACUGGUAUUGGAGGGUGGAGCCUGAUGUAAGACUCCCUUCCUACUUUUGCUCAUGGGGAAGAAAGGGCUGAUUGGAUAAAGGUCCACUACUUCUGCGACAUUGACUACGACAUGUUCCGCUUCAUGCGAGACAAUAACAUGAAAUACGGCUUCAACAUGGCCAUCCUCGAUGAUGCCCGAUCCUUUCCAUCGUUAUGGAAACGUACCCUCUCCUUUGCAACCGCUAAUCCUCAUCUUCUGCACCCCUCCGCGAAUAUCUCCUGGCUCCUAGAUCCCGAGAAUGGAGGCGACUAUAAUAAUUGUCAGUUCUUCUCAAAUUUUGAAAUCGGCUCAUUGAAUUUUUGGAGGGAUACUCCGAAUGAAGAAUACUUCAACUAUCUUGACCGAACAGGAGGCUUCUAUUAUGAGCGCUUCGGGGAUGCACCGGUUCAUACGUUGAGUGUGGGGAUGUUUGUUCCUAAGAAGGAAGUUUGGUGGUUCAGGGAUGUAGGGUACCAGCAUGGGAUUAAUCGGCAUUGUCCGCCGCCUCGAAAAGAGGAUCUUCGCUCCUCUGGACUAGGAGACAGAAACCAGGGUGAUGAGGGGUUGCCAAAUAAGAUAAAUGGGGAUGAGCUGCUAGGCCGGACGGGAAGAUGUGAUUGUGAGAGCACCGGGCUGGACGAGGGCUUCUAUAAGUUGGUUCCGCUGGAGAGCCCGCAGAAGAAACCUGGGGAUACUUGUUUGAGGCUUUGGCUUGGGGGUGAGUGGUUGGGGAAGAAGGAGGGGUGGACGGCGGAGGGCGAGAAGGCUUUUGGGGGUGAUGGGUAUGGUGGGUAUGUUUUGAGGGGGGAUGAGUAG